UGAUGUUGAUGGACCGUUGGAGAGACUCUGUAUAUCCAAAGCACAGCUGGAACAUGGCUGGCUUUCUUCAGUGGCUGUGGAGGUAUCGGAAUUACCUGCUGAUAUUCCUCACACCUCUGCUGAUUCUGCCAUUGCCUCUGGUCAUCCCCAGACCGGAAGCCAAAUGCGGCUAUGUGAUCAUCCUCAUGACAAUCUACUGGUGCACAGAGUGUUUACCUCUGCCUGUGACGGCACUUCUCCCUGUCAUUUUAUUCCCUAUGAUGGGCAUCAUGCAAUCAAGCGAGGUUUGUAUCCAGUACCUGAAAGACUCCAACAUGUUGUUCAUCGGUGGUUUGCUGGUGGCUAUUGCUGUGGAGCACUGGAGUUUACACAAGAGAAUUGCACUCCGAGUUUUACUUCUUGUAGGGGUGAAGCCAGCUCUCCUAAUGAUGGGUUUCAUGGUCACCACGGCUUUCCUGUCUAUGUGGAUCAGUAACUCAGCCUCUACAGCCAUGAUGCUACCCAUUGCCAAUGCUGUGCUCCAACAGCUGUCUGACACAGAGGCCAAAGCUGAGGAGAGGGAGUUGGGCCAGUGUGACACAAAAGCUGGUCAGGAAAAUCUGGCCUUCGAGAUGGGUGUCAAUCAGGAGGUUGAUGAAAAACCAACUAAACCUCAAGACAGCGGCAUUGAUAUGGAAGCUUGUGAAGAGAGCGCAGAGGCAGAGCAAAGGAGAAUAAAUAGGGAACAGAAGUAUUUGAACCUGUCGAAGGGCAUGUGUCUGAGUGUGUGUUAUUCUGCCAGCAUCGGAGGAACGGCCACUCUAACAGGAACCACCCCAAAUGUCAUCCUGAAAGGCCAAAUUGACGAGCUCUUUCCAGGCAACGGAGACAUAAUUAACUUUGCUAGCUGGUUUGGCUUCGCAUUUCCCAAUAUGAUGCUAAUGCUAGCCCUGUGUUGGUUGUGGCUACAGUUCAUUUACUUGGGCUUCAACUUGAAAAAGUCAUUUGGAUGUGGCAAAAACAAUAGUGGGGACAAGGAAGCAUACCAGGUGAUGAGAAACGAGUUCAAAAAGCUGGGCAGCAUAAGCUUUGCUGAGAGCUGUGUGCUGGCGGUCUUCACCUUGCUGGUUAUUCUGUGGUUUACCAGGGAGCCAGGGUUUAUGCCUGGCUGGGCCACUGUACUUUUUAACAAGAAUAAACCGUAUGUCACUGACGGCACUGUAGCUGUGGCGAUGUCUGCACUGUUCUUCUGCAUCCCAUCUAAACUGCCCUGGUCCAGAGGGACAUCCGAGGAUGGUGAGUCCCCCACAGCUCCUUCAACUCUGCUAAAUUGGGAGUUAGUCCACCAAAAGAUGCCGUGGGGUGUCAUCCUGCUCCUGGGUGGAGGUUUUGCAUUGGCUCGAGGAAGUGAGGUUUCAGGACUUUCUCUGUGGUUGGGAGAAAGUUUAACACCCUUGCAGAGCAUCCCUCCUUUUGCCAUUGCCAUUCUACUGUGUCUGCUGGUGGCGAUGUUCACUGAAUGUUCAAGCAACACUGCCACUACAACACUCUUCCUGCCAAUACUGGCCUCCAUGGCCACUGCCAUCAAAUUACAUCCGCUGUAUGUCAUGUUGCCUUGUACCAUCUGUGCCUCCCUGGCCUUCAUGCUACCCGUGGCCACCCCACCCAAUGCCAUUGCCUUCUCCUAUGGCACACUUAAAGUCAUAGACAUGGCCAAGGCUGGAUUCAUGCUCAACAUUGUUGGGGUCCUAACAAUAAACCUUGCCCUCAACACUUGGGGUGUAAGCAUGUUCCAGCUUAACACUUUUCCUGUUUGGGCCAAUGUCACCGCCACUCCAUAAGCAUGAUGAGGACGAAAGAAGCAAGACGGAACUGUUUGCACACUUAUUUAUUCUGUUUUUUUUUUAAUUGAAAAUUCCUGUGUACAUUCCAGACAACACAAUUGCUUAUCAACCGGAGACUUUCCUCUGAUAUGCAGGCUCCUGAGCAUCCUAGCUUUCAAAGUAAGCACACUGCCAGACAAUCUGUCAUACUCUCUGUCAGGAUACUCCAGCAUAUGCUUAGUUGAUACCUAAACUGAUUUGAAUUUGAAAUGACACUGUUUGCCAAGCUGGUCACAACUUAAACCUAUUAAGAUCAGAAAAUCUGGUUAGUCUCAGUGAAGAGACAGGAGAGGAUAAAUACUGUGUGUGCAAAUACAAGGAAGCUAGAAGGGUUCAUCUAUGAUAUUAAAACCGUUUACGCAAGGUGAUGACAUCUUGAUUGGAGUGAAAAACAUUAUUUGGUAAAACUUUGCUACAUUCACUUCUCACUGCAUUAGCUCAAAGAAUAUAUCUUUUUAAAUUAAUUUUAAGUGUUACAACAUCCUAAUGAAGAGUAAACUUUAAUUUUGCAUUCUUUUUUAUUUGUUUAAAACUUUAUAUGAUUAUAUCAUAUCGUUAUGAUUAUAUAUAUGAUUAUAUUGAUAUGAUUAUAUCAUAUCAAUCUCAAUAUUAUCUAUCCUUUUUGAUAUGUCAUAAAACAAAAUGUAUUAAUUUGAACAAAGUUUAUAAAAUUGAAUAUACAGCCUAUUGUAUACCAUCCUGUAUUAUGAAAACAGUGAAUGUACUUGAUGUAAUCCAGGUGACCAUUUUUUUUCUUCUUGAUUAUCCUGCUUCCUCCAAAAAAGAAACUAAAUCACAGGUUAUAAAAUUUGCUCCAACUUUUAUGAAAAUAAAAUUGUGUCAGUUUUUGGUUCAUUGAUGUCUUCUCACUGCUCACCUCUUGUGGAGACUGCU